GUGCACUCCAAGAUGCUUGGAAUUGAUUAUCCAGAUAGUGAUGAGGAAGAGGUCGUACCGGCGACGAAGCCAGAGACCAACAUUCCUGCGACAGUUGCGCCUGCGCCAGCCCCAGAACCACCCUCUGCACCUCCUCCACCUCUCGAGCAACCUUCUGCUUCCCAAGGACCAGUUAGCGGACCCUCGCAAGGACCGACUGCAACACCACCUCCCACUGACAAUGGCCCACCGGACGAUGCUGUUCCAGGCUCACCAUUUACAACAACCCGCGCCUUGAUCCAGAACCUCACCUUACCUACCGUACCAAACUUCGAUAUACCACCUUCACCUCCCGGAUCGCCGCCCCAAAAAGCGACCAAGAAAUUUGCGCAGUUUCUUGAACUCAAGAAGAAGAACCAACACUUCAACCACCGCUUGGAAAGCUCGUCCGUACUGCGCGACCCAGGCCAUUCUCAGAAGUUGCUGGAUUUUGCAGGAAUAACUGAGGAGGAAUCUUAUGCAUCCACGCUUUCAGACGACGUCGCUAUACCGACAAGUUUCCCACCCUGGGCCUACAUGGAGGAACUCAAGGCUUCGCAGAAGCAACUUGCAAAAGCGAAGGAGCAGGAAAAGUCAAAGGCACCAAGAAAAGCUCUUGAUUUUGUCUCUGCAACCUUCAGUGAAGCAGAUACCCCGUCCAUGUCCACCUCUGGAAAACGCAAGGAAUUGGAACAUAGAGGAAGAGAUAAUGCGAGUUCCAGAAGCAUGUUAAAGAGUAGAUCGAGGUCACCAAAGAGGAGAAGGUCGAAGUCUAGGGACAGGGAAUAGAGAUUCGAGCAUCAUCGCGGUCCAUGUACAUUAGCGAUGAGAUGCAGGAACUCUAGUCCAAACCCGUGGAGUUAGACAGGAAUGUAUAGAAACUAUACGUAUUUGAGCGAACAUAGAAGGUUGUUACUUCAUGCCUGUAGCAUGUCAACUCUUCUCAGCGAUAUACGCUGCAAUAUUGAUAUUACAAAACGUAGUUAUACAUAGCAAACUUGCACCUCUAAUCCAUCAUCUCCGGCU